UGUACUUACACAAAUGUUUAGAAAAGUGCAAGUGAUCUGCCAGACAGUGCACUCUCAGUUUAUUCUCCUGGGUGUCUUCUGAUCCACUGCCACCAUGAACCUAAAGCUCCUGUUCUUUUGCCUCAUCUUGGCGGCGCUCCUCAUACCUGCUGAACUGAAGAAAGAAAAGCCCAAACAUCGUCAUCGUCAUAAUGACCGUCGUCGUCAUGGUCAUGGUCAUGGACGUGAUCAUGAUCGAGAGCUCCGGGGACCUGGGCGUCAUAAACAACACAGAAAGAAAGAGACAUAUUCUGAGAUAAUUAACGACUUCUUCUUUGCGAUUUUGGAUGGAGCUGGUGAUGACGAUGAUGAUGAAGAUCAAAGUGAUUCAGAAUGGCUUUUUGAUCUUCAAGAACAAAAUGGCAGGUGCGACCCAAACCCUUGCCUUAACAAUGGAGAGUGUGAGGAGAAAGGCAGGAAGAAUUUCAAAUGCGAUUGUCCCAAACCUUUCAGGGGAAGGAAAUGCGAGCGAACUCGAAAUAGGUGUAAAAGAGGUAGAUGUGGGCGUGGUGAAUGUGUCGUGACUUCAAACCCCCCAUUCUAUGAGUGCAAAUGCAAGGAGCCCUUCCAGCCUCCACACUGCAGACACUUUUCACUGUGUGAGCCUAAUCCAUGUAGGAACGGUGGACAAUGUGUUAAGGAUGGUGAUGACUUUGAUUGCGAGUGCCCUGAGGGGUUCAGAGGGCGUUUUUGCCAUGUUGGCCCAGAGGACUGCUUUGAUGAUGAUGGAGAGUCAUACCGUGGUAAUGUGAGUGAGACAGAUGACGGCCAUGAAUGCCUGUACUGGAACUCUCACUUCAUCCUGGAGAAUGGAGCCGAUCCUUUCAACUCCUUCGAGGACAGUGAUGGACUCGGUCCUCACAACUUCUGCAGAAACCCAGACGGAGACGGGAUGCCGUGGUGUUUCUACAGAAAAGGUCGCAAGUUGUUGUGGGACUAUUGUGAUGUCGAAGAGUGUCCUGAACCAACCGAUGAGACUCCUACUGAAAUUGUCCCAUCAGACUUUGCUCCCACUGUUCCCGAGGCCGAACCUACAGCACCUGAACCUACAGCACCUGAACCUCCAGUACCUGAACCUACAGCACCUGAACCUCCAGCACCUGAACCUACAGUACCGAAACCUAUAGAACCGAAACCUACAGUACCGAAGCCUAUAGAACCGAAACCUACAGCAGCUGAACCUAUAACAGUUGAACCUACAACAGCUGAACCUACAGCACCUUCCGAACCAAUAGCUACUACUGUCAUGCCAAGCGCCACAACACCACAACAGUUUGCCACCUGUGGGCAUGCUCAACCAAAAAAGUCCACUAAACGAAUUUAUGGUGGUCUGAAGACUCCUCCCGGGGCUGUACCGUGGCAGGUGUCUGUAAACGUGAGACCAAAGAACUCCAAACUGCCAUUCAGUCACACAUGUGGAGGAGCUCUCAUCGAGAGCUGCUGGGUUCUUACAGCUGGACACUGCAUUGAUCCAACUAGGGACAUGCAGGUGUCUAUGGGAGGUCUGACGCUGAAUACAGACGAAUCCACCGAGCAAACCAUUGGAGUUGAACAGGCUAUCAGACACGAGAACUACAGAGAGACUCCAUCAGCUGUUUACAACGACAUAGCCUUGUUGAAGCUGAAAGGGACUGAUGGAGUGUGUGCCAAUGAGACCCAGUUUGUGAAAACAGUGUGUCUGCCUGAUGCCCAACUGCCUGAUGGGAUGGAGUGUAAAAUCUCUGGAUGGGGAGCCACUGAGAACUCUUCAUAUGGCUCAAGCCACCUCUUGGAUGCCAAUGUGCUGCUGAUCAACCAGGAAAAAUGCUCUGAACCCAAAAUUUAUGGAAAGAUCCUGGAUAUUUCAAUGUUCUGUGCUGGCCACCUGCAGGGAGGGGUGGAUUCCUGCCAGGGUGACUCUGGGGGACCACUGACCUGUCAAUCAAACCACACCAGUGUUAUUUAUGGUGUGGUGAGUUGGGGAGACCAAUGUGGAAGGAAGAACAAACCCGGAGUCUACACACGGGUCACUCAGUUCCUGAACUGGAUCAGGUCGAAGACUCAGGCACCAUCUGCAUAAGCAAACUUUUGUUUGUAAUUUGUUUUUAUAAUUCCAAUCGCACUGGCAGUGGCAUUUCUUAUUAAUUGAGCACAACUACACUUAACACAACCAUUAUAAAAAGAGAGAAAGAAACACUGUAAAACUACUAUACUUAAUCAAAUUUUCCUUGGUUUUCCGCUGAAUAUGUUCUUUCAUUCAAAUGGCAGUGGAAUUUCUUAAUAAUCAUGCACAAUAAUACUUAAUACAACCAUCAUUAAAACAUUUUUUUUAAAAAGAUGCUUUAUCAUUUAUGUGAAAUGUAUUGUGGCCAAGAAAAGAAAAGCCUGAAAUCUACUUUACCUCUAAAUGUGAUAUUUAAUUGGAUUUCCCUUGAAGCUUUUCAUUUAUUCAAGUCCAGAGCCAUC